UCGAUGUGUGUGUGAGGGAAGAGACGCUCUGGCGGUGGCAGCCGAGUGGCGGAAGCGAGAGGGGAGGGCGCGGUAGUGGUUGGGCGGGGAAGGAGGAGGCCCCUUCCCGGGUGACAGGCCCGGCCCUUCCGGAGGGCGGAGCGCAGCCGGGCGUCCAGGACUCGGUGGGGGUGUUGGGUCCAGCCGGGUCCGCCCGACCGCCCUCUUGCCUCCCUCCCUCCCUCCUCCUCCUCCCGUCCCUGUCCCACCGUCACCAGCCUGCCUAAGGAAUAGCAGCGGCGGCGACGACGGCGCUCGGAAUCCGGCACCAUGUCUGGGCAGAGCCUGACCGACCGCAUCACGGCGGCGCAGCACAGCGUGACCGGCUCCGCCGUGUCCAAGACCGUCUGCAAGGCCACCACGCACGAGGUGAUGGGCCCCAAGAAGAAGCACCUCGACUAUUUAAUACAGUGCACAAAUGAGAUGAACGUAAAUAUCCCACACUUGGCGGACAGCUUGUUUGAAAGGACAGCAAACAGUAGCUGGGUGGUAGUUUUCAAGUCACUCAUCACAACUCACCAUCUAAUGGUGUAUGGAAAUGAGCGUUUUAUCCAGUAUCUGGCUUCCAGAAACACGUUGUUUAACUUGAGCAAUUUUUUGGACAAAAGCGGAUUGCAAGGGUAUGAUAUGUCCACAUUUAUCAGGCGGUAUAGCAGGUAUUUGAAUGAAAAAGCAGUUUCUUACAGACAAGUCGCCUUUGACUUCACAAAAGUAAAAAGAGGAGCUGAUGGAUUCAUGAGGACAAUGAAUACAGAGAAACUCUUAAAAACUGUACCAAUUAUACAAAAUCAGAUGGACGCACUUCUUGAUUUCAAUGUCAAUAGCAAUGAACUUACAAAUGGUGUAAUUAACGCUGCCUUCAUGCUUCUCUUCAAAGAUGCCAUAAGACUCUUUGCAGCAUAUAAUGAAGGGAUUAUUAACCUGUUGGAAAAAUACUUUGAUAUGAAAAAGAAUCAAUGCAAAGAAGGCCUUGACAUAUACAAGAAGUUUCUGACCAGAAUGACAAGGAUUUCUGAGUUUCUCAAAGUUGCAGAGCAAGUGGGGAUAGACAGAGGAGACAUACCAGAUCUUUCUCAGGCACCAAGCAGCCUCCUUGAUGCAUUGGAACAGCACUUAGCCUCCUUAGAAGGAAAGAAAAUCAAAGACUCCACUGCUGCAAGCAGGGCUACCACUCUUUCCAAUGCAGUCUCCUCCCUUGCAAGCACCGGCCUGUCGCUCACCAAAGUAGAUGAAAGGGAAAAGCAAGCUGCACUAGAGGAAGAGCAGGCACGUUUAAAAGCUUUAAAGGAACAACGUCUAAAAGAACUUGCAAAGAAACCUCAAACCUCUUUAACAACAGCCUCCUCCCCCGUGUCUAAUAUAGCAGGAAGCAUAAUGACUACACCAGCCAUUGAUAUUUUCUCCACACCUAGUUCUUCAAACAGCACAUCAAAGCUGCCAAAUGACCUGCUUGAUUUGAAGCCAACCUUUCAGCCAUCUGUGCAUCCUAUAUCCUCUGCGCCUCAAGUAGGAGGGACUUGGGGAGAUCCUUUCACUUCUACUGCUGAUGAUGAUGCCAUUCCGAGCCUAAAUCCUUUCCUCACAAAAUCUAGCGAUCACCUCUCUGUCUCCUCUGACGUGCUGCCCACUUUCACUUCUAGGACACCAACUCAUGAGAUGUUUGUUGAUCGCUUCAACCCAUUUACUGAAUCAAACCCCUUUGUGACAACCAAAUAUGCAUCCACUGUUCAGCUCUGUCACUUUACUUCAGAUUCUUUUUGUGGUCCGCAAGUUUACUCUAAUGCUUCCCAUUUCCGCAGUGAGUCCUCAACUGUAGCUGGUCUAUUUGGAGGGUUCACUCCAUCUCCUGUUGCUCCGUCGCACCCCGCAGCAGGCCUUAAUGUCGACUUUGAGUCUGUGUUUGGAAACAAAACUUCAAAUGCCCCGGUGGAUUCUGGUGGGUUUGAUGAAUUAGGUGGACUCCUAAAACCAACAGUGACUUCUCAAAACCAGAGUCUUCCAACUUCCAAAGCACCACCUAACAAGUUAGUGUUGGAUGAUCUGGAUUCAUCUUUAGCCAAUCUUGUGGGCAAUUUGGGCAUUGGAAAUGGAACAACUAAAAAUGAUGUGAAUUGGACACAACCAGGAGAAAAGAAACUAACUGGGGGCUCGAACUGGCAACCUAAAGUUGCUCCAACGACAGCAUGGAAUGCUCCAACAAUGAAUGGCAUGCAUUUUCCACAAUACGCACCGCCCGUCAUGGCCUAUCCUGCUACAACACCAACAGGAAUGAUGGGCUAUGGAAUGCCAUCCCAAAUGGGAGGAGUACCAGUAAUGACUCAACCAACCUUAAUAUACAGCCAACCUGUCAUGAGACCUCCAAAUCCUUUUGGUCCUGUAUCGGGAGCCCAGCUGUCUGCAGCAUCCAGUCCAUCCACUCAGAGUCCUCACAGAGCUUCAGGAAAGGAUCCUUUUGCAGAGAUCUCCCUCCAGGAUUUCUUGUAGGACCAUUUAGAUACAGUUCAUGUAACCGUGCCGGAUGGAGUGGGUGAGAACAGUUCCAGAAAGACACGUGCUCAGAGACAAACCCUUCUUCCCAGCCAAAUCAAAACGGAUGUGUCUUGAACUCUCCGGUAGAACGACCCAGUAAAAAUCACACGAGAAUGAUCCAGUUAAAAUCACACAAGCCCACAACAACAGUGGGGAGCAUCUAGGGAAGCCUCAGCACCUUCCAGCACUCGGUAUAAAGCCCAGAAUUGCCACAAUUUUGUUGUGGGAUCUUUUUUCUCCCCUCCCUCCCCCUUCCUGGUGACCUAACAUGUCAGUAACUCUCACCACCUGUUUCAUAACCUGAAUUGAUAACACACACA